AUGCAUCCGCCGCCCAACGAACCCGAUCCCGAAUGCCGUCCACACCAUCACGAAACACCCAAGACGCCCCCAGAUACCACAAUUGGGUAUCUCGCAUCGAACGAUUCUGCGGGCGACCGGACGAGCAGCCCACCCACUGCCAAUUGGCUUAGCGACUCGACAAGCCGAGGCCAGGGCCAUGGAGAGGAGGGUGUCCUCGUCAAUGGGCUCCUCCUCUCUCGCCUUCCCGCACUCCUGAUGUAUGCUUCCUUUUUGCACCCGGCUAACGCAUACCCAAUUCAGCAGGCUACAGAGCAAGCGGUGCGAGUCCGGAGGGAGGGUUAA